AUGUUAAAAAUGUCAGCAUGCUUGCGUUGCGUUGCCUUGCUUGUUUCUGUUUGAUUGAAAUGGCGAUUUGUGUUUUAAAGACGAAUCAUUUAAGUAAUUAGAUACAUUUUACUUUUUUAAUAUCAUGGUCCGAAGCGGUCGAGAUCGCGACAGAGAACGUGAGCGAAGACGAUCUCAUAGUAGAUCGCCAUCUCCAGACCGUAAGCGAAGGCGUUCCAGAUCUAGAAGUCGCGAUCGAGUUUCUAAGUCAUCUAAAAGGAAGCGUAGUCGCAGCAGGGACCGCGACUCCAAAAGAGACAGGGAGAGGGAUCGUGAUAGAAAAAGUGACAAAAGGGAUGACAAAAGAAAUGGAUCAAGUAGUAAGUCAUCUAGGAAGAAAACACCUGAGAAAGACAGAUCAAAAUCAAAAGAGAAGACUAUAAAAACCGAAUCAAGUGAAUAUAACUUAGGGUCUGCAGAUAAGGAAGAAGAACAGAGUAGACUAGAAGCCGAAAUGCAAAAGCGACGAGAUCGUAUUGAGCGCUGGCGUGCGGAACGUAAACGUAAAGAACUUGAAUCUGCAAAGAAAGAAGUACAGAAAGGAAGCAUAGUAACGAAUAUACAAGUGCCUGCAGUUAAAAAAUGGUCUUUGGAAGAUGAUUCUGGUGAUGAAGGUGAAGAUGGCGAAUCUAAAGAAAAGCAAGCGGCUGAAGAAAAGAAGGAAGAAGAAGAUGAAAUAGAUCCUCUAGAUGCUUAUAUGCAAGAAGUGCAACAAGAAGUAAGAAAAGUGAACCAAAUGGAUCAAACCCGGGGUAUGAUCAGCGUACCAACUACUGGAGGAACAGGUGUCGUCAUUCUAACUGGAACUGCUAAGAAAAAAGUUUCGGAGACUAAAAAUAAAGGUGAACUUAUAGAACAGAAUCAAGAUGGCUUGGAGUAUUCUUCCGAGGAGGAAACUGAAGACAUCAAGGAUGCAGCAGCUAAUCUGGCAUCCAAACAAAGGAAAGAACUUGCCAAAGUUGAUCAUGCUAGUUUGCAGUAUAUGCCCUUCAGAAAAGCUUUCUACACUGAGGUGAGUGAACUAUCAAGGAUGACACCAGAAGAGGUAGAAGCCUAUAGAACUGAAUUGGAAGGUAUUCGUGUGAAAGGCAAGGGUUGUCCUAAGCCAAUUCGUACAUGGGCUCAUUGCGGUAUCAGUAAAAAGGAACUCGAUAUAUUGAAGAAGCUUGGUUUUGAGAAACCAACUCCAAUCCAAGCGCAAGCUAUACCUGCUAUUAUGUCUGGCAGAGAUUUAAUCGGUAUAGCAAAAACCGGUUCAGGCAAAACAUUAGCUUUCAUCCUGCCCAUGUUCCGUCACGUGCUCGAUCAGCCGCCGCUCGAUGACAUAGACGGACCGAUCUCCCUCAUCAUGACGCCCACCAGAGAACUGUGCAUGCAGAUUGGGAAGGAUAUUAAGAAAUUUGCCAAAUCGCUAGGACUAAGAGUUGUUUGUGUAUACGGUGGUACUGGAAUUUCUGAACAGAUAGCGGAGUUGAAGCGUGGCGCUGAGAUGAUAGUGUGUACUCCUGGUCGGAUGAUCGAUAUGUUGGCGGCCAACAGUGGACGUGUCACCAAUCUCCGACGCGUUACUUACGUGGUUUUGGAUGAAGCAGACCGCAUGUUUGACAUGGGCUUCGAACCACAGGUAAUGAAGAUCAUAGACAAUAUAAGGCCAGAUAGACAAACGGUCAUGUUCAGCGCUACGUUCCCAAGACAAAUGGAGGCUCUCGCGCGACGUAUACUACAGAAACCAAUCGAAAUACAGGUUGGAGGGCGAAGUGUAGUAUGCAAGGAAGUCGAACAGCACGUAGCCAUAUUGGAAGAGGAUGCUAAAUUCUUUAAGCUGCUAGAAUUACUCGGUCUCUACAGUCAAAUGGGAAGCAUAAUAGUGUUUGUGGAUAAACAAGAGAAUGCUGACAGUUUACUAAAGGAUUUGAUGAAGGCAUCAUACUCUUGCAUGAGUUUGCAUGGAGGGAUUGAUCAAUUCGACAGGGACUCUACGAUCGUUGACUUCAAGUCGGGCAAGGUGAAGCUGCUAGUGGCUACCAGUGUGGCGGCGCGAGGUUUGGACGUCAAACAAUUGGUGCUCGUAGUCAACUACGAUUGUCCGAACCACUACGAGGACUACGUGCACAGAUGCGGAAGAACCGGUCGCGCUGGUAACAAAGGAUUUGCAUGGACAUUCCUAACACCUGAACAGGGGAGGUACGCGGGCGAUGUGUUGAGGGCAUUCGAACUAGCCGGGGCUGUGCCACCACCUGAACUGAGGCAACUGUGGGACAAGUAUAAGGAGGCGCAGGAGAAGGAGGGCAAGAAGGUCCAUACUGGAGGAGGGUUCAGCGGCAAGGGAUUCAAAUUCGACGAAUCGGAAGCUCAAGCGGCCACCGAAAAGAAAAAAUACCAGAAAGCAGCGCUCGGUCUUCAGGACUCUGAUGAUGAAGAUGUAGAGGGAGAUCUUGAUCAGCAGAUAGAAACCAUGCUCGCUGCCAAAAAAAUUGUCAAGGAAAUUAAGCCGGGCGUUGCCGCUCCAGGUAUUCCAGCGGCGGGUGCGACGGCUGCUGGUACUGACGGCAAGUUAGAAUUGGCUAGAAGACUCGCUUCAAGGAUCAAUCUCGCCAAAGGGCUAGGCGCUGAACAGAAGGGCGCUACUCAACAAGCUGCGGAAGCUAUACUGAAGGGGGCGCCCUCUGCACACACAUUGAUCACGGCUAAAACAGUAGCUGAACAGCUGGCUGCUAAACUGAACACUAGGUUGAACUAUCAGCCUCGUGACGAAACUGCCACAGAGCCCGCUGAAGAAGUCUUCCGCAAGUAUGAGACCGAACUCGAGAUCAAUGACUUCCCGCAACAGGCUCGUUGGAGAGUCACCAGUAAGGAGGCUUUGGCACUUAUUAGCGAGUAUAGUGAAGCCGGUAUCACAGUGCGUGGUACUUAUGUACCUCCUGGUAAAACUCCCCCGGAGGGUGAGAGGAAACUGUAUCUAGCCAUAGAGAGCUCCCAAGAACUAGCCGUUGCGAAAGCAAAGUCGGAAAUCACGAGGCUUAUUAAGGAAGAACUCCUCAAACUGCAGACUUCUGCUCACCAUAUGAUAAACAAGGCUAGAUACAAGGUCAUUUAAUGUGAUGAAAUAUAGAUUGAUGAAC